AUGUCAUAAUAAGAGGAAAUUUAGCAAGAACCUCAAAUUAAGCCAUCUCCUGAUUGUAUCGAAUUCAAACUCAAUUUUUAUCAUCUUCAUGGCAUCUAAAAUUGCCCAUUCUGUAGUAAACCACAGGAAUAAUAAUAGAUUCCAAAGGAGCUUACUGAUAAACAAAUUGAAGAAUAUGAAAUUAAUGUGCUUCAAAAACAAAAAGAACUAUUCUUCGAUAUCGAUCCUGAGGACCCGGAUUAGAUGAUGGAUUUAUUAGAAAAAUAUAAAGAUUGUCCUUGUUGCAAGGGUUUCGUAUUGAAUUGCGAAGGUGUCAUAUGCGAUAAAUUAGGGUUGUGCUAUUGCAUCUAGAAGGACUUAUAAGACGGUCAAAAUUGA